UGAACUGAGAACAACAUGAGACAAAACAUCAUGUCCAGCAGACUGUUGCUACUGUCUGCCCUCUGUAUGGCAACAUCUGUGUCUCUGGGUAAUGCACAGUGCAACACAACACAUUCAAAUGAAACAGGAUCAUGCAGUCUGACUACUGAAAGAACCAGCAAUCAAACUCUGGACAACUGUAAUCUGAAAAGUCUGAACAAUUUCAGCUCUCUGAUUCAAAAUGCAGUGGAUAACACUACACACCAGCUACAAUGCAUAUCAAACAUCAGUGCUGGUUUCCCUCAAGAGAAACUUCAAAUGCUCCAAAAGGAGCUUGGAAAGAUCAUUACAUCGACACUAAAUGUCAUGGUUUACCUUGAAGUUUCAUCCAUGGAGGACAUUGCUGAAAGUUUUGGUGCCUUGCACACACUGACUGAGGAGAAUGCGCAGAACAUGGAGUUUGUUCAGUCAUGGCUGUGUGUCAGACUUAUUCCAAUCCUCCCAUUCAUUACCACACAGUUCAUAUCCAACAUGAGCAAGAUAAACUUUUCAUGUGUCAGCUACCAGGCAAUAGUCAAAACAUUCAAUGAAAAAGUGAAUCUGGUGAAUGGAACUGUGAAGUUCUUGAUCUACAAGCAAUUCAUGCAGCCAUUCCUCUCUAGAGAACAUUCAGAUCCCGCCUGUCUCAUCAAAACCACGAGCAGUGCUGACUGGCUUGAGAAGAACUUUGGCAAUUUCUCCAGCUAUGCUACCUUGGAGGAUUUGAAGUCCCUGAAUGGAAAUUUCUCCAGUUUUGAAUCAUUGGCGCUGCUGACCCCUGCCCAAGUAGCCGAACUCACACUGAGCUCUGGAGUACUGAACAACACCAAUCAGAUCAGCGCUGUGUUCGACCGACUGGAGGAAGGCGACGCUUUCAAGAACACAGAGGAGUUUCUGACGGCACUGAGCUCAGCUCCUGAGAUACCUGAUAUCAGCCCUGCCGUGAGAGACGUGAUGAUGAACCGAACCUUCAUAAUCAUCCAAGUGAAGAUCAAGGAAUUUGAGGCCCCUGACUGGGUUGUGUGGUUCACUGUUAAGCUCGAGCCUAUCCUCCCAAGUUUCACCGCCGAAAUGCUGGUUAAAAUCACAGCUGACAUCAACUGCACCAACUACCAAGUGAUCGUCGAAGGACUGGGAACUGUGUUCCCCGAAAUGACACUCCUCAGGACGCAGGAGAUAACCAAGGUUCUGGUGGAGCACCUGAAGGAAUUCGCCACCCUAUUUAGCAGUCCAGGUUGCAGACAGAGCAUUAGCAGCGAUGCUGAAUGGCUUAACGCCAACUUGGGCCCAUUCACCACAGUGGCCAAUUACUCAGACCUUAAGGCCUUGAACGUCAGCGGGCUGGCAGCUCUGGAAACCCUGUCACCUGAUCAAAAAGCAGAGCUGCUGUUUGAUCCAACCACCGGUGCUCUUGAAAAUGUGACCGUGGUGGAGGAGGUGUUGAGCAGCAUCCUACAAUCCCCAGAUGAGAAGCAGCUUGAGAAAUUCUUUGAAAAAUUUGUGGAGGUCAGCAAAGAGGAAAACAUAACCUACAUUACAAACGGGGACGUCCGAGACACAAUGCUGAACCUGACUUUGACUGCUCUGGCUCCUAAAUUCCCCCUCUUCCAAACGAGUGACUAUGAGCUGUGGUUUCAAAUCAAUCUCGUGGUCCUGCUGGCCAGCUUCCGUCCUACGGUUCUGGUCCUCAUCCCCACCAACCUUACCUGUGACUCUUACAAUGCGAUAUUGAAAGGCCUGGAGAACGCUUUGGCAGUUCUCCCAUCUGACCUUAAAGAGGAGCUCAGGUCAAGCAAAGACAAACUUCGACAGUCACCACCACAAGGCUGCACGCCUCCUCUCCCCGUCGAUUUCUUUGAAUCAUUGGCGCUGCUGACCCCUGCCCAAGUAGCUGAACUCACACUGAGCUCUGGAGUAUUGAACAACACCAAUCAGAUCAGCGCUGUGUUCGACCGACUGGAAAAAGGCGACGCUCAUAAGAACGUAGAGGAGUUUUCUGACGGCACUGAGCUCAGCUCCUGA